UAUAAAUAAAUUAUUUAAAAAAAUGAUUUGUUAUUUAUGUAAUUAUUCGAUCAUACAACUCGAUCGUUUUACUAUGUGCGUUUUUAUUCCGAAUGAUAUUUAUCAUCAAAAAAAUUGAACGCGAUGUCGAAUAAAAUAUAUUUGCGAUUCUAAUUAAAUAAAUAAUUGUCAAUACGUAGGAUGUUUAGCUAUAAAACUUUUUUCACGCGGAUGAUACUCGGUAAAUUAGAACAAAAAAAUUAUAUUGUAUAUAAUUAUUAAUAUCAGCUUGCGAUCGUCGUCUUGAAAUUUUGACACAUUAAAAUGUUAAAGAAUGUUCAAAUUUCAGUUUCCUAAGAAAUCAAAAUAAUUUUCUAUUCUGUCAAUAAUGACUAGCAAAUUUUGAACUUGUAAAAACAUUACAAAUAUGACGUAUUAUAAAAUUUUGUCUGUAUAAACGAUAUUAAAACUCUCUUUCUCUUCAUUCAGAUUUCCAGUUAAAAUAUUCAAGAAGGUUAAAACAUGGAUAAGGACAGUAUUAAGGAGCAACUUUCUCUCGCAACCAUCGAUUCAUCUGACCAAGACAAUGUUGAUUUCGAUGUGACACCAUCACCUUCGGUGACAUCCACCGUCACCGAAGGAUAUUCUCCUACAUCAGCUUUAAUAGAAACUUCCGCCGCUGUCCCCGGUACACAUUCUGAUCUGGAGCAUCACUAUCAAUUGGUCGGCAAUAUCAGUAUUAUCAAUCAAUUGGAAGUUAAUCAAGAUGUAUUUUGCAUCUGCUAUACGGAACUACACGAUUUUUUGGCGGCAGGAUUGUCGGAUGGUAAUCUAAAGUUCUAUAAAGUUAAUUCAGAUAAAACAAAUUUUUUUACUCUGUGCGAUGCGGAGAUGAUGCAGAAUCCAGCUCCAGUAACUACUAUAAAGCAUCGACCGGUGCACAAAUCAUAUCCCGUCUCGCAUACCGUAAUAGCAACUUAUGCCAAUGGCUGCGUUAAAUGUUGGCAUUAUCCUACCGCACAAUGCAUUUACACUAUACGAGAAAGACGACAGACACUUGGUUUAGCUUAUCAUCCUCGAUUACCGAAAUUCGUUACUGUCGGAGAUGAUACUAAUCUGUACUUGUACGAUGAAGAAACGAAAACGCAGGAAAGAGUGUUUCACGGAAGUGAUUCACCGGAUAUCAUGGAUGGCCAUAAAUCCAGAGUCUUCAGUGCCUGCUUCCAUCCUAAAUCCGUGCACGAGAUAAUAAGCGCCGGUUGGGACGACACCGUUCAGUUCUGGGACACCAGACAAGCUCAUUCCCUUCGAUUUAUAUCUGGUGUACAUAUGUGUGGAGAUGGUCUGGACAUUAGUACAAAUGGAAGAGAGAUCCUUACUUGUUCCUGGCGAAAGAAUAAUCCUUUGCAACUAUGGGACUACGGCAGUGGCAAACUGAUUGUUAACUUGGAACCAGACAGUUAUCCUUGUUUGUUAUACACCGGAAAGUACGUGACAAAUUUGUAUGUCGCUUGCGGUGGCUGCGACACUGAUCUCUUCAGAAUCGUCGAUUUGCGAUCUCAUUCGACAAUGGCUAUGAUCAAAUAUCUCAAGGGUGGCGUGUAUAGCUUGGCCAUCGGUCCGUUUGAAACGAGGUAUGCUAAACGAACACCUCUUCCAAAGCUUGCGUUUUGUGCUGGAACAAGGAUUUUUGAAAUAGAAGCUCAACCUGGUGAAGGCCAUCCGAUUUUGUGACUUUUUUGAUAUGCAAAUAUAUACAUUAUUUUGCAAUUUACGCAAUA